AUGACAUCUUUCGAUCCAGAUACCGGCAAUUCACCACAAGCCCGCUCUCGGCAAUUGGAAGGCUGUACGUUGAGGGUAUCUCGUGAUGUCGACGACCUAGCCGUGAAAGGCACUUUUCUAGAGUCUCAUUUGACAGAUCCCGGUUUGAUCUUAUACCGCAGCACUCGACCAUCUCACAUCUUGGUCGAGCUGUCGGAAAUCGCGAAGAGACUGGGACCCACAUGCCGCCCUCAUCACCCGUCUGUGCCAUCUGGAACAAGUCGAAUUUCUCGUCCGAGACAGUUUUCCACUUUCGUUACAGGAAGCAAUAUUACAACAUCAUCCAAAAUUUCAGCUAAAACGGUAGUCAUCGUAGAACGUGAGCACCGGUGUGCCAAGUUUCAAAAAGCUGGCAACCCUUUAAUUCUGGGAUCGAAUAAGCGAUGUGAACCCGGCCAUCGAUGUCAACAAAGCAAGACGAGAUGCUGUCUUUCCUUGUUUUGGCUCCCAAGUUGA